GAUAACAGUUCUGAUUACUACUUGAAUAUGUUUGAAUAGUGAAUCUUUUAAAAUAAACACUAUUUUCGAGCUUUGUACCUUUCGGUCAACGUGCAAGGACAGCCUUCACUAAUUUUUAAGAACCAUAAUGGCCAGUGGUUCCUGGGAGGAGUUCUUUGCGGUCCACCUACCCCCAAUAGACUUUGAGGACAACCGCACACUGCUGAAAGAGUUUUGCGAGCGCCAUGACAAAUAUGGAAACAAAAUAGUACUUGUAACUUCUGGAGGCACGACGGUUCCUCUAGAACAUAACACAGUCCGUUUUGUAGACAACUUCAGCGCUGGCACACGAGGCUCCGCGUCUGCCGAGUAUUUCUUGGAACAUGGUUAUGCGGUGAUCUUCAUGCAUCGUCAAAAAUCACUGGAGCCCUUUACAAGACACUUUAGUGGCCAGAAAUUGCUUGACAUGCUGGAUAUACAAGAACGAGGACCUAACACUACCAUCACUGUGCGUCCGGACAGCGUGGACGUGCUGGCGCCGGUGCUGGCGCGGUACAAGGCCGCGCUGGCGGCGGGCGCGGUGCUGCAGGUGGCGUUCACGUCGGUGUCCGAGUACUUCUGGCUGUUGCGCGCCGCCUGCGAGUGCCUCGCUCGGCUCGGACCGCGCGCCGUGCUCUACCUCGCCGCCGCUGUCUCUGACUUCUAUAUACCCAAGGACAGAGUCCCGACACAUAAGAUGCAGUCAGAGAGCGGUGCGCCGAUCAUCCAGCUGCACCUGGUGCCGAAGAUGUUGGCGCCGCUCGUGAACCUCUGGGUCCCGUCGGCGUACGUCGUCUCCUUCAAGCUGGAGACCGACGACAGCCUGCUCAUACCCAAAGCGAGGGCAGCACUCGAGAAAUACAAACACAAGAUGGUAGUCGCGAAUAUGCUUCAGAGCAGACAUCACCGCGUCAUCCUAGUAUCACCUGAAGCCAGUCAGGAGAUAAUGUUGACCAGGGAAGACAUACACGCAGGUGUGGACAUAGAGUCUGCUAUAGUGAGCGAAAUCGUGCGGCUGCACGCGGAGCACCUGGGGGGCGGGGGCGCGGGGCUGGCGGGCGCGGGGCGGGGCGCGGCGGGGGGCGCGGGCGCGGCGGGGGGCGCGGGGGACGCGGGCUGGGCGCCGCGCUCGCCGCGCUGA